GGCAGGACUUUCCAGUCUGAUGCUGAAGCUGGAGAAGGGAAAGCCUUCUUACGGACUCUCCUUCCACUGCUUCUAAGCUCAAGAUCAUGGCAAGCAAGAAAGUCAUUGUAGUGUUUGGUGCAACAGGAAAUCAGGGUGGUUCUGUGGCCAGAGCCAUUUUGGAGGACAAAGAUAUUUGUGUAAGAGUAGCCACUCGGGAUGUGACCAAACCUGCUGCUGUGGCCCUACAAGACCUGGGAGCUGAGGUGGUGAAGUGUGACCUGAAUAGCAAAGAGGAUGUGAAUGGCAUUCUAAAAGGUGCCCAUGGUGCCUUCCUGGUGACCACCUACUGGGAUGACUUUAACCAGGAGAAGGAAAUAAAGCAGGGGAAGACUGUAGCUGAUGCCAGUAAACAACUGGGCUUGGAGCAUGUGGUGUACAGUGGCCUGGAGAAUGUAAAGAAGUUGACCAAAGGGAAAUUAGAGGUGCCGCACUUUGAUGGGAAAGGCGAAGUGGAGGAGUAUUUCUGGUCCAUUGGAGUUCCCAUGACCAGUGUCAGGAUCGCACCUUACUUUGAAAACUUCCUAAACCUCUGGAAACCUGUGAAGGCAUCUGAUGGCGACUACUACAACUUGAUGUUGCCCAUGAAGGACAUCCCCAUGGAUGGCAUCUGCAUUGCUGACAUUGGACCAGCAGUGGCCAGCAUCUUCAGGUCCCCAGAGGAGUUCCUGGGCAAGGCUGUGGGUCUCAGUGCAGAAGCUCUGACGAUUCAGCAGUAUGCAGACAUCCUCUCCAAGACCUUGGGGAAGGUGGUUAAAGACUCCAAGAUCACCCCAGAAGCUUACGAGAAGCUGGGAUUCCCUGGAGCCAAGGAAAUAGCUAACAUGAUGCGUUUCUAUCACAUGAAGCCAGACAGAGAUGUGCAGCUCACCCACAAGCUCAACCCCAAGGUCAAGAGUUUCUCCCAGUUUGUCUCUGAGAACAAAGAUGCCUUCAAAGACUUAUAGGAACCACUCAAAUGUUUUGGUCUGGCCAUUGGUUACACAACUUCCUCCAUAACAAUUUUAAAGCCACUCUGUGUGGUGGUCAGAAGACUGCAUCUGCAGUGAGGAGAUCUGAGUUCAAAUCUUGGCUUUGCCACUUAUAAUCUCUGUGACCUUAAAAAAAUUCUUUGACUUCUCUGGGACUUAGUUUCCCCAUCUGUAAAAUGAAGGGGUUAGCCUAGAUGGUCCUUUCUAGCUUUAAAUCCUCCGAUGAUCCUCAUAUAGGAAGAAUGGGCAAAAAUUUGAACUGACUCAAUCCAGUCCAGCGGAAAGUAAUUUCUUUCCAUUGCAGAAAGAUUCCUUUUCAUCAGGGGAGAAUGAGGGCCUAAUUUCUAGAAUUUGCCCAGGGGCAUCAGGGUAUGAUAGAUGGAUAAAGGACUGGAUUUGUUAUCAGAGGAUCAUAGAUUUAGACCUAGGAAGGAACUUAGAGGUCAUCUAGUCUGAGGUCCAGACAAGGGGAGUGACUUCUCCAAGGUCAUACAAAUAAUAAGUAGCAGAGCUGCAACCUGACCCCAAAUGGAAUACUCUGUUUAAUGUACCAAGUCUGGAAGGUUCAGGUUCAAAUCCUGCCCCUGAAAUGUAUUAGAAAUGAGAUCAUAAAUGGUUUACCUUUUAAAACUUUAGUUUGCCUAUCCAUAAAAUGGAAAUGAUCAUACAGUCCUUCACAGGGUUGCUGUGAGACUUGGAUGAAAUUUGUAUCUGUAAAAGACUUUACAAAUAUUAAAGUGCACAUUAUCUGCAUUAGU